ACAGCAUUCAACACACCUCUCUUCUUUCUAAAACCCUACUUAGGUUUUAGAGUAAGUUUUUCAACUCCUCAGUUUCUGCCAUUAACAUCAGAUGGGUAAAUCGGCCAAGAAAUCCACUAAGGUUGAUGCCGCCCCUGCUGUGGCUGUGGCGGUGCCGAACAAAUCUGCGACGAAAGGGAAAAGAAACACUGCUGAGCCCAUUGAAAAGCUAGCUAGUGCCAAGAAGCAGAAGUUAGAUGUGAAGGCACAACAGGCUAUUCAGAAGAAACAGAUUAACAAGAAAGAAGAGCCAAUUAGCUCGGAUGAACCCGCUUCUGAAUCCGAGGAGAAAGAGGAGGAACCCGUUAAGGUAACUGCUGUUGCAAAAAAGACACCCGUUAAGAAUGGUAAGCUGUCUACUCCCGCAAAGCCAGCUUCUCAGGUCAAGAAGACCGCAGUUGUCCCACCAAAGGAAGAGGAGACAAUUGAUGGUUCUGAUGAUUCAGAAGAUGAGUCUGAUGAUGAUGAGGAAGUACCUGAAGGAGAAGACUCCCCUGAGAAUGAGUCUGAGGAUGAAAAGUCUGCAGAAGCUGCUGAAAAUGGUGGUGCAUCUGAUGAAGAAGAUUCAGAGGAUGAUGGUGAUGAUGAUGAUGAAGAAGAAGAAGAUUCAGAGGACGAAGAAGACCAACCUUCCAAGGCUCCAAAGAAAAAUACAAAGGGUGCUGAUAAGGUUGAUGCUAAAUCAUCAACAACUCCAAGUGAAUCUGGACCGUCUAAAACUAUAUGGAUUGGGAACCUGGCUUUCUCCGUUAAAGAAUCAGAUUUGGAGAACUUCUUCAAAGAUGCUGGAGAAGUUGUUGAAGUCAGACUUGCAUCAGAUAUGGAGGGUAAAUUUAGAGGCUUUGGUCAUGUUGACUUUUCUACACAUGAAGCUGCCAAGAAGGCCUUGGAAUUGAAUGGGAAGCAAUUGUUAGGUCGUGAUGUAAAACUUGAUUUGGCUAAAGUUAGAUCUCCACAAACUCCAUCUACUGGAGGUGAUAAAGGUCUUACUGCAUUUAUUCGUGGAUUUGAUCAAAGUGGAGGGGAAGAAAAGGUGAGAAGUCUUUUGGAGGAACAUUUUGGCCCAUGUGGAGAUAUUACAAGGAUUCAUAUUCCUAAGGAUUACGGAUCCGAUGAGAUUAAAGGGAUUGCUUACAUGGAUUUUGCUGACAAAGAAAGCUUAAAUAAAGCUUUAGAAUACAAUGGAGAGGAACUUGGUGGUCAUACCUUGGCUGUAGAAGAAGCCAGGCCAAGGGACCGUGAUGGUGGUGGAAGAGGUGGUAGAGGUGGUGGCCGUGGUUUUGGUGGUGGCCGCGGAGGUGGUGGCCGUUUUGGAGGUGGCCGAGGAGGCGGUGGCCGAAGUUUUGGUGGUGGCCGAGGUGGUGGUCGUGGUGGUGGCAGGGGUGGCGGUGGCCGCCGUGGUGGUGGUGGCAGAGGACGUGGCAGGAUGAAUAGGUUUGAUUGAGUUCUUCAUCAGAGUACUGAAGACUGGAAGAAAAGAAAUGUGUUUUCAAUUUUGUGAUUGUUUUCAUUAGUUUAAAACUUAAUUAAUCCUCUUAUAUGUUGUGUACUUGGUCAAGUUUUGUAGUUUAAUUUUAAUAGUAAUGUUUUUUUAAACAGCUGAAUUAUUCUUGUUUAAUGAUUGAAAUAGAAAUUACCUGGUUAUUAUUCUC